UUUUUAGAGCAUUGAAUGUCGCUCUCUUGUGGAGCCCGCCCUCCUCCCCACGAGGCUGAGCUCCCUCUGUUGCUUCUCCGCGAGCAGCCGACCAACGGGACUAGAUCCACUUGUUGCAAAGGCGUCCGGAGCGGAGGCGGGAGCCAGGCCACCUCCCAGCCUCUCGCUCUCUCUUCAGGCGACAGACAGCGACAGCUGCAGACAGGGCAUAAAGGGCAGCCGCUUUUCUCCUUUAGCAUUGACAGAAGCGGGUUCCCCUCCAAAAAAGAAACCAUGCUGGUUUUCCAAAAGGCCUCCAGGCUCCUCAGCGCGACGGCGAGGGGCUUCCAAGUCGUCCCGAAGGCCAACAUUAUAGCCAAGCCGCCCAAAGACCCCGUCUCUCCUGUCGAGCAAGUUAUAGCACUGAGUGUGAUGUUUGCAGCUUUCUUGAUCCCAUCAGGCUGGGUUUUGAGCCAUCUGGAGGACUACAAGAACCAUUCCAGGGAAUGAAGGGCAAGCAAAAGGCUUCUGCUAUAAGUAUAAUUACAAAGAAGGCAGUAUCAAAAAGAAAAUUGUAUCCUGUUUCACACAAAGCUGUCUCUGGAGAUUUUCAUGAUUAAAAAUAGUUAAAAAUCA